AGAGACGACAUCACCAAAGGCAUCGCCAUAACAGAAGGCAGCGAUAAUGUCGGUGGUACUACCGCCUCCGGGCUCGACUUCGCGAGUCCUGCGGCAUCUCCGCCACAUGCUGCCACCCCAGGGCAGUAGCGUCAAGGGCAAUGGCAAAUUCUCGCGAAGGGGCGUCCCGCGGUACGGCGGCAAUGGCAUGCCUGCGUAUGUGCAGCCAAAGGAUCGCAUUGCAUACUGGAACAUUGCACCGGGGGACGAGGUCGUCGUCACACGAGGCUCGUUUGUCGGCAAAGAUGGACAACGAAAGCAGUACGGCGGCAUCGUCGCGAGCGUGGACCAGGAGCGGAACCUCGUCUGGCUUCGCGCGGCCGAAGAGGACAAGCCAGAGCUGACGGAGCGCAUCCCGACGCAAUACAAGCACAUGCUCCCGCGUCUCUACGAUCCGGAAGACCCGUCAAAGGGCUACUCUAGCAACGUAUCCCUCGUCCCCAAGCCGGUGCACUACUCGAACCUGUCGCUGAAGCUGCCAACGAACCUGCAAUUGCCUGAAAAUGUCAAGCUGGACCUCAAGAAGGGUGUCUAUGCGAGCAGGCUUACAAGGUCCGGUGUCAAAUACGACCGCAAGAAGGGCGCCUUUGUCUGGGAGCGCUAUGCCAUCGUCCCAACGCUAGAUCAGGGAACGGUCAAAGUGCACGUACCCUGGAAGAAAUCCGAGGGAAGACAAAGCGUCCGGCGGAGUAACGCUUCAGUCGCCCACGUCGUCGAUCGAGAGACGUGGGUGCCUUGGUCGCCCACCGAUCCCAUCUUUGUCUCUGCUUUCCAGGGCAAAGGCUUGGGCAGUCUCAGCAGGGGAUUCAGGACGAGUCCGGCGUCUGAGGAGAGGCUGGUAAAGGCGAUGGAAGAAUGGCGAAUGUUGCACGGGAGCAAGAAGGCUCAACAGAGGCGCAGAGGGCUCUUGCUCGUCGGUGACAUGGUGCGGCAAAGCGUCAAGGCUCCGCCCGUUGCACAGGCGCCAACACCGAGCGAACAAGUCGCAAUGCUGAACGAAAGCAGAGCGGGGUGGAGCCGCACAAUAGACGACUCGGACGCCUCGGCCUCCUUUGCAGAGAGCGACUACCUCGACUUGGCACCGGCCGAAGGUCCCCUUUCCUCAGCAGUCUCUCGCACCCUGCCGCUCGUUGCUGCUCACUCCUCGUCUUCAGGAGCAAUUCCGACGAAGCGAGACGGGAAGACGGGAAGAUUGGGACCUGAGCACACCGCCGACAAACGCACAGUUGAUGCCUGGCCCAUCGAGCUCCUCAUGAAGGACGAUUUGACCAACGAGGGCGGUCUCAAGACGCGCAUGCGCCGCUGGCGGGAGAAGCAGCUCGAGAAGAAGCAGCUGGAUGAGCUUGCCAAGUUUGAAGAGCAUCAAAACAUCCAGGCGCUCAGAGACCUGAAGCUGUAAGAGUGCCAUCCCAAUGAAAUGCAAUUCCAGGCAAAUCCAGAGC